UAUUGUAUGAGUAAAGACCACUUGAGACGUGUGAUAUGCUAAACAUUUAACCACACACCUCACAUGCGCAGCCAACCGAAACAAACAGACGAACACUGGCUAAAACUACACUAUAAACCAUUGCUGCUUGGUUAGUAGACACAUCCAUGUCAUCUCAAAAGCGAUACCUGACACGCCAUGACAUUCGCUUGAACUCACUGAAGCCGUGGACGCUGCCAUCGUCUAUUUUGCCACUACUGUUAGGAACAGUACUUGCAUGGAAGCACGAUCAAAGCUUCGAUCUCCAAGUGUUCGUUCUCAGCGCUAUCGUAGUCGCCGGUACUCACGCGGCGGGGAACUUUGUCAAUUCGUACUACGAAGCCACGACUAGGAAGUACUACUCGAGUAUCAGUGAACGUCGGUUCACGAUAAACGAUAGCGCACGGUGCGCAUUCUACUCUUACUGCCUCGUAAUCCCGAUCUUUGCAUACUUAGUGGUGGUUUCACGGGCGAGUAUAUGGCAUGAGGCACCCUUGUUUAUUAUCGGCCUUUUGGCCUCCAUGAUGUUCGGGAAUGGACUAAAGAAUGUUGUUCCUGGGGAGUUUUUAGUGAGUGGCGUCUACGGUCCGCUGUGUGUCUUUUUCUCGUACUUGGUGCAAGUAGGAGGUUCGAGGCAGCUCAGCGCCUGGUGGAUUGCUGUGUAUGCACUACCACUUUCAAUCAACACCGAGAUCUACUUGCACAGCCAGAACAUCCGGGAUAUCAAGAUCGAUCAAGAGCAAGGCGCACACACGCUUGCUGUGUUGCUAGGCAACCGUUUCUCCCUGGCGGUGUUGCCCCUGUUCUUACUCUUGCCAUAUAUGGUCACGUGCGCCCUCGCGAUGCUCAAGUCGCAGUUUUUCUUCCUCCCCCUCCUUUCGUCCCCCCUGGCCAUGCUGGCCCUGCCCUCGGACGUCCAUGACAAAGUGGCCGUGGCCCUGUUACCCCGAAGGGUGUCUAUAGUGGGACUGGCGUUUGGAAUUCUCUAUCUUCAAUGUGUUUUAUAUUGCAGAGUAUAGGGAAAUCUCAGGUAUCUUAAAUUAAGGAAAAAACAUAACAACAGUAAAAAUAAACAAGCCUGCAAUAUGUUUUGUCGCUUUUGAUGCAUUUUUUGUGGUCAAACUUUUUAACUGGCAUUGGAAUCCCUAUUUUCAAAAUGCUUUAUAUGGCAAUGUAAAGACUUAAAUCAAAGAAUAAAACAAUAGUAAGAGCCUUA